AUGGAAAAGGGGGCAAGGCGGAUAUGGGAACGCGCUCAGUCUUUCCUGUUCGGCGUACACUCUACCGGAUUCCUGCACCACCAGCAGGGGGAGAGUGAGGUUGAACUCGUUACAGUUCACUCAUCAAAACAUGAUUCCGAAUUGUUAUUGAAUGGCCGCCAACAUCAAUCUCCACCACCAGAUACGAACCAGCUUGGCAGCACGGUAUCCCAAGACCCUCGCUGGAUCACCGGUGUCUACGCCUGCGCCCGUCUAGGAGGCUGUGUAUUCUUGAUUAACGUGAUCAGCAUAUGUGUCGCAGCCGGGCUAUCCAAGAAAUAUGGUACAAUCUCUGAAUUAUCAAACUCUAAGAUCAUUUACCAAGGGACCUGUUCCGCCGUCAAGAAGUGGGAUACUGGUAUUCAUUUGAUUAUCAACGCUCUAAGUACGAGUAUCAUAGGCGCUAGCAACUACUGCAUGCAGUCUCUUGUUGCACCUACUUGA